UUACUCCACCAUAGCCUGGACGGCUUCCCUGAAAAAGGGAGUACACGAACACGUGGACUACUCUCCAAGAGGGAAAACCACAAACGACCACGUUUUCAACUUCUUCAGUGCGAUGGGUGACGUGGCAUUCUCGUACGCUGGACACAACGUGGUUUUGGAGAUCCAGGCAACAAUACCUUCCACUCCAGAGAAACCUUCAAAGGGACCCAUGUGGAAAGGAGUGGUAGUAGCAUAUAUAAUCGUUGCCAUUUGCUAUUUCCCAGUCGCUUUUGUUGGUUUCUACAUUUUUGGAAGCAGUGUUGAUGACAACAUCCUCAUCACUCUAGAAAAACCCAGUUGGCUUGUUGCUGCUGCUAACUUGUUUGUUGUCAUCCAUGUUAUUGGAGGCUUUCAGAUAUUUGCAAUGCCAGUGUUCGACAUGAUAGAAACUUAUAUGGUGAAGGAAAAGAAAUGUUCGCCUUCUAAUGUACUUCGCUUCACUAUUCGUGCAAUAUACAUCGGAUUGACAAUGUUCGUUGGAAUAAGCGUCCCUUUCUUCGGGGGCCUACUUGGAUUUUUUGGUGGAUUUGCCUUAGCCCCAACCUCAUAUUAUCUCCCUUGCAUCAUUUGGCUUACAAUAUACAAACCCAAAACAUUCAGCUUCUCUUGGUGUGCAAAUUGGUUCUGUAUCAUCGCCGGUGUUCUUCUGACAAUAACAGCACCCAUCGGUGCAUUAAGAAACAUCAUCCUCCAAGCAGAGACCUACAAAUUCUUUUCUUAAUUCAUUUCUCACGAUAGAGGUCAUCGUACUUUCAAAUUCAAAACUCAAAUCAUGAUAUGGUCUUGAUUGAAUCGAUUCAGGAUGAUCUAUUGUUACUUCAUGGAGUCUGUAUAUAUAAUUUGUUUCCGUCAAAAAAAGAGAAAAAAUAAGAAAAAAAUAAGGGAUGUGACAACUUAUUUCAAUUCAUUUUUUUUUUAUUUUUUCCAGUAUUAUUAUUGUUGAGUUCUAAUUUAAAUAAGGGCCUAGUCAAUGUCAUAGAUUUGGGUUUAAAUAAGGACCUAGCAGUAUUUACUUGACCAAGUCAUGCAACUCUUUUGGGACUGGAUGUUUAAGGAAUAUCUUUUUUUGUUAUCUUGAGGGAAAUUUGAAAAUGUUGUUUCAUUUUUA